UGAUCGGCCUCACGUGAUUGAUCAAAAUUUCUUGAACUCGUCGGCGCUAUCCGUGACGCCUUGGUCUGGGUUACUGUCCUAUAUAUCCUUCACCUCGCGUCGUGCUACAGGAAGAAUGGCUAAGGCCUCAAAGUCUAUGAAAAAGUUCGCUGCAAGCGGGCAACUGAAGAAAACUAUCGAAGCUAGACGGAAACAUCAGCAAAUACGGAAGAAAGUGCAGGGGAAAAAAUCCGGCAAGACAAAACCAAAAGCCGUUGAGGAUGUCGAUGAGGACAUGGAUGACGAUGUGGAAGCUGAAGAGAAACAUAAUAAGAAAGGAAUGACUGUGGAUGACAUUUUGGGUGCUGGAUUCAUGGAAGGAUCUGACGCGGACGGUGACCAGUCGGAGGGUACGGACGACUCCGACGAUGAGGAAAAUGCCGCGAGUGACAACGAUUCAUUUGCUGAUGUCGACGACUUGGAAGAUGAUGAAGGUCAAAAUCACCUUAUGGAAUUAGCCAAACUGGCGGAAACGGACCCGGAAUUCUAUAAAUACUUGCAAGAGAAUGACAAGGAGCUCCUUGAGUUCAAUCCUUCCGCGGACGCUGUGGAUAAUGGCAGUGACGACGGGGAUAACGAAGGGGACGCCGCGAUGGAUGAAGCCGUUUCGCGUCCUGUUCUCUCAAGCGAUAUCAUUCGAGGGUGGCAGAAGGCUCUCCUCGAGCAUCGAUCUCUUCGUGCCCUACGUAAAUUGCUCGUCGCUUUCAGGUCGGCUGUGCAUAUGAAUGAGGAGGAUCAGGUGUUGGCAUGGAGCAUAGAUAGCUCUUCUGUCUACAACAAGUUGAUCGCCACUGCUUUGAGGUUUACUCCCGUGGUCUUGGAACAUCAUGUGCCGUACAAGAAGCUUCCAAACGGCAAAUUUAAACCUCCUACACAAACUCAAAAAUUCAAGACGCUACAGAAACUCAUACUGUCUUAUUUCCAUAACAUCAUUCACCUCCUUUCUCAGCUCACUGAUAAUGAGACCAUCGAGCUCGCAGUUACUGAAAGUGCCAAGAUCAUUCCGUAUGUAGUUAGCAGCCGCAAAACUAUAAAACUUUAUCUCAAGAAAUGCCUGGAAUUAUGGUCGAGCGCCGAAGAUAGCAUACGGAUAGCAUCCUUCCUGGCCAUCCGAAAACUUGCUUCUGCCACGGAUGACUCCAUCCUAGACAAUGUGCUCAAGGGAACAUACCUCACCCUCGUCCGAUCCUCAAAGUCCACCACCGCAUAUACCAUCCCUGCCAUCAAUCUGAUGAAGAAUUCUGCUUCAGAAAUCUUCUGCUUGGAUCAUGCGGCAUCGUAUCAACUUGCAUUUGGAUAUAUCCGACAAUUGGCUAUUCACCUGCGCAAUAGUAUGAAACUUAAAUCCAAGGAGUCAUACAAGCAGGUGUACAACUGGCAAUACGUGCAUUCGAUCGACUUUUGGUCAUUAGUGCUUGCGCGCGCCUGCGACGUGGACCCCGAGUCAGGACGAGAUGGCGAGGGCGAACUAAGACCAUUAAUCUACCCCCUUGUCCAAGUGAGCCUCGGCGCUAUCAAACUCAUUUCCAGCAGCAGAUCAUACCCGUUUCACUUGCAUAUCAUUCGCUCGCUGCUGCAUUUAACACGGCAUACACAGAUCUAUAUUCCCAUCUCCCCAUACCUUCUACCGAUUCUCGCAUCUACCCUGUCGUCUUCAUCAAAAUCAAGCACCCUGAGACCUUUGGAUUUUGAAGUACAAAUACGAUGCCCACAGCAAUACCAAAAAACCAGGGUCUACGCCGAGGGGUUGAUCGAGGAGUCAUCCUUCCUACUCGCCGAGUGGCUAUCGACCGCUGCAGUGCAAGGGAGCAUCGCAUUUCCCGAGAUAGUCAUACCCAUCCUCGUCACGCUGAGAAGAAGUUUGAAGGCCGCCAGGGUUGGGUCAGGUUCUGGAAAAGAUCUGGGCGUCGUCAAGACUUUGAUUGAGCGUGUGGAGGAGAGUGCCAGGUGGGUUGAAUCCCGGCGGAAGAAUCUCAAAAUUGCACCCGCACAACUGGGCGAUGUUGAUGCAUGGCAGGAAGAAGCCAAAAGGAAGGUUGGAGACUCGCCAUUGGCGCGAUAUGUCAAGGUCCAACGGAAGGCCCGAGAAAAAAGAAGAGAGCUGGUCGAAAAAGCUCGCAAAGGCAAAGCUGAAAUCCUAUCAGACUAGUCGACAACCAUACACGUUUCAUCAUUAUUACACUUAAUUUUUGAGGAGUUUGGUGAUUUUUGCUUCGGCGUUAUCGUUCCCCACAUGUAUCAUAA